AUGACUCGCACUGUUCACCCUGUGGUGGUCAAAGGUCUCAUAUCUCAAGUCCCCAAGGUCCCCCGCCGUGGAAGCAUCGCCGUCCACGGAGCGGGCCCCAUCUCCCCCGCACACAGCAAAGAAAGGAAGUACACUGUGCAACAGCGGGCCAUAUCGCCCCUGCGAUCCCUGUCGGGCAAUCUGCAGAACGCACCUCUUCCAUCCACUCACGGACCGUCAGGUCGCCGGCGCCUCUUCUCUUACUUUAAGUGCUCCUCCACCGCGGCGGGCAACAGCUGGAGGCCAAUAUAUCCUCUCACACCAUGGCCCACCAGCCCGGCUUUACCAUAUUGCUCUGAAAUAUCCCGACUGCCUGCUACCCCUCCUGAUACCCUGCUACACUACUACCCUAGCUGCUACCCUCUGACCCCAGAUCGAGCCGGGACGUGGUACCAGACCCGCCUGUCAAGAGCCGAGUCCUGA